CCUUUACUAGUCGAUGGCUUUAAAUUCGAUAUGCGCCUCUACGUUCUAGUUACCAGCUGUGACCCCCUGCGUGUUUUUAUAUUUCGUGACGGCCUUGUCCGGUUUACCACCAUGCGCUACGCCGAGCCAAAUGAAAACAACAUAUCAAACGUUUAUAUGCAUUUGACAAAUUAUGCGGUACAGAAGCAUAGUGACGCGUUCGUGCGAGACAACGAGGAAGAAGGCACAAAAAGGAGGAUCACCACUUUGAACCACUGGUUCAAGCGUAAGGGAUUCGAUUUAGCGAAGAUUUGGAAAUGUGUCGAUGAAGUGGUGGUAAAAACUUUGCUAUCCAGCAUUGCGGUACUCAAGCACAAUUAUCGAACCUGCUUUCCAAAUCAUAAUCUCACAUCGGCAUGCUUUGAGAUCCUUGGUUUCGACAUCAUGUUUGAUAAAAAAUUGAAACCAUAUGUACUUGAAGUAAGUUAUUUAUCAUUCCACAAAGUUUUGUAUAAAUGCUUCGCAAAAGCCAAACGAAAUUUAAAAAAAUCACAACCUUAUGAUCAACUACUAUUAGAAUGA